UAUGGCCUUCCGAGUAGCAAUGUGGUGGAUAUUGUGCUACGCAGGUCUUAGCGUCUUUGCUUUAGCCGCACCAUUGGAAGACAAAGAUCGAUAUGGGGUACUCUUGGAUGCAGGGAGCUCUAGCACCAAGUUAAAAAUUUACAAAUGGCAAAAUCCAACCACGCCCCAAUCAUUACCCAAGAUUCACCUGAUGUACAACAGCAAAUCUUCGCCAGGUCUGUCCACGUUUGCACAUGACAAAGUGAAGCUGAGAGAGUACAUUGAACACAUCAUCACCGAGGCCAGAAGUAAAGUGCCAAAACAGUCACAUUCCCAGACUCCCAUCUAUCUCAUGGCCACGGCAGGUCUGAGAUUUUUACCCGCCAAUGAUGCCAAACGUUUGAUGGAAGGCACCAAGUCCCUCCUACAGGACAAAGACUUCAGCCCAUUUGUCUACACACCCGCUGGCGUUGAGAUUCUCUCCGGGGAGGAGGAGGGUGUCUACGCAUGGAUAGCUGCGAACUACCUCCUCGGUUUCUUCGAUCAGAAACGGUCAGAACUAGAUUCCACUGGUGUUCUGGAGAUGGGCGGUGGCUCAACGCAGAUUACAUUCGUACCACGUGACCCGCUCUAUGCAGGGGAGUUCAAGGUGACCGUUGCAGGGCGCGAGUACGGGCUGUAUGUUCACAGCUACCUGAACUUUGGAUUCGACGCCAUCACCCUACAGCUGGCCAAUGAACUGGCAAAGAUUAACAAGGACAGCAAACUCAAUGACCCAUGUCGACUCAGAGGUGAUACCAAGGACGUCACACUACCGGACGGACGCCAGCUGGCUCUGACAGGCUCGGGGGACCCUGACACGUGUAAACAGAUCCUGUCAAAUCUGCUGAGGCCGGCUACCGGCAUGGACUGUGAGCCUAAACCGUGUGCCGUGGGGUCGGUGUACCAGCCCAGCGUGGGCGAUGGUCAGUUCCUGGCCACCCAGGUUUUCACCUUCGCUCCCCAACGUUUGAAUGCAACAGGCGAGGGCAAUCGUCUGGACCUGGUAAAACUGGAAGAUGCCGCCUAUCGUUUCUGUAAAAAGAGCAUCCAGGAAGCUGUAGCUGCAGGCUUUAGCGAAAAACACGCCUCCGGUGAAUGUCUUAUGGCCAUCUACACUUCCGCGUUGUUCACUCUGUCCUAUGGCUUCCCAAAGGAUACACAGAACAUAAAGGUCACAUCGAAAGUGGGCGACCAAACUAUAGAUUGGGCUAUAGGCGCAAUGCUUGUGGAACUGUCUAAAAGCAUUUGUUCCGUGACGCGUAGAAAGUGAAAGGACCUACGUUGG